AUGUUUCAGCUCCCGCAAUUCCCGGGUGCUGAGUAUAUCCGCGGCACCUCGCUGACGGUGCUCAUUGCCUUUGUCUGUGGCUGUGGUUUCCUUCUCUUCGGUUAUGACCAAGGUGUCAUGUCGGCCCUCAUUGAGGAGCCCAUGAUGGCUGGUACUAUGCCUCAAAUCGCCAAGUACGAACAGGUCGAUCAAAAACAGUGGUACGCCGACGGUAGGAUCUACCUGGACAGUGAUCAGUUCGACUCCAACGUCCAGGGUGCCAUUGUCAGCUGCUACGAGCUUGGUGCCCUGAUCGGUUCGAUUAUUGUGCUCUGGAAGGGUGAUCAGCUUGGUCGCCGCAGCUCGGUUGCCAUUGGUUCGACGAUUAUGAUCAUUGGUACCAUUAUCAUGGUUGCCCACGACCGUCUCCCUGCUUUCACUGUUGGCCGUGUUAUUGCCGGUAUUGGCAACGGUCUCGACACUGCUACGAUUCCCAUGCUUCAGUCUGAGCUUUCCAAGGCCAAGAACCGUGGUUUCCUCGUGUUUAUUGAGGGUGCUCUGCUCGCUGGUGGUGUUAUGAUUUCGUACUGGAUCGACUUCGGUUUCUACUUCUUCCGCUGGAACAGUGUGCAGUGGCGUUUCCCGAUCGCGUUCCAAGCUGCUUUCGCCCUGGUUCUGCUUCUCGGUAUCUUCUUCAUUCCCGAGUCGCCCCGUUGGCUCGUCAAAAAGGGUAUGGUCGACGAAGCCCGCCACGUUAUUUCGCGCGUGCGUGACCGCCCUGAGGAUGACUACGAGGUCAACGCCGAGCUCCAGCAGCUUGUGGAUGCGAUUCACAAGCAGGAGACUGCGAUGGGUGCUUUCAAGAUCAGCGAGAUCUUCACGAUGGGCCCUGAGCAGAACCUGUACCGUGUGCUGAUUGGAUGCACUGCCCAGAUGUUCCAGCAGCUUACUGGUAUUAACAACUUGACCUACUACGCCAACACGGUGUUCCAGAUGGUUAACUCGGACGAUAUUCCAACCCGUCUGCUUGUCUGCGGUAGCGGUGUCAUUUACUUCGUUGCCGCUGCUGUUGCCGUCUUUGUUAUUGAUGUUGCUGGUCGUCGUCCUCUGAUGAUCUGGUGUGCCUUUGCCAUGGCGGUCUGCUUUGCUAUUAUGUCGGGUAUGAUUUACAAGGUCAUGCAGGGCAAUGACAUGAAGUUGCCCAAGGAGCAAUUCAUCACCUACGGUAAGGUCGCCGAGGCGUUCAUCUACUUGUACUUCAUCCCUUGGUCGUUCGGCUGGCUCGGUAUGACUUGGCUGUACCCGCCGGAGGUUACUCCUAUCCGUAUUCGUGCUCCGGCCGUUGCCCUGUCAACUUGCACGAACUGGAUCUGGAACUUUACUGUCGUCAUGAUUUCGCCCCCUGCUUUCAAGAACCUCCGCAACCACACCUUCACCAUGUUCGGUGCCUUCAACAUGAUGUUCAUUCCGUUCGUGUACGCCUUCUUCCCCGAGACGAAGCAGCGUGGUCUGGAGGAGAUGGACUUGUUCUUUGCCGACGCCCACCGUGAUGGCUUCUGGAAGGCCUCGCGCUUCAUGACCACCGCGACCUACCUGUCGCUCACCACGCCUCACCUCAGCGCUGAGGAGCUCGAUGAGAUCAUCAACGAGCGUGAUGACAUCAAUGGCGACGGUGGUGCCGCCAAGGAGGCUGGCGAGGGCGAAAACGGUGAGACCGGAGAGAACGGUGCUUCGCCGCCCUCGUACGACGCUCCCGCUGCGAAGGCCUAA